UUCACACACGCACUACACACGUAUAAGAUAUAGUCUCGCAUUAUAUUAAGCUCAGUGUUGGUCUUUAACUCAAACCAACUCGGUUUAUUUAUUACACUGAUAGAUCUCUUCUGAAGCCGACACGCGUGCGAAUGUGAUACCAACUAGAAUAAUUUUCCCCCCAAUGUAAAAAAAAUUCGAUUGUGAUCAAAAUUGUGAUUAAAAUUUUCGAAAUUCGAUGUGAUUUCAACCCGAAGUAUUAUGGGCAAUAGUCGCCUAGUGUGAAAAAAUCCAAAAAUGUGAUAAAAAGUGGAAGCAUUGUGAUCCACCGCCGUCAAACUUUGUGAUACCCCCGACUGAUUAUUUUAGAAAAACCCUCAAAAUGGUAAGCCGGCUUUUCCUCCCCCAAGACUUGUCGCGGACUUUCGUGCUUCUGACUCUGAUAACGGCGACGUUUAGUGAUAAAGCGCUCCGUAACCGCUCCAACAGUAUUGUAAAAAGACGCUUUACGGACGCCACCUUCGACGAGGUGUCCACCCAGGCCUCGGGCUGCGGCUCGUGUAAAAUGCGCGAGGAGAUCAAGAACCGCAACCUGGAGGUGAUCAAGGGGGAGGUGUUGAGGAGGAUGGGCUUCCAAACCGCCCCCAACGUCACCGGCAGGGUUCUGCCCCCGGUGCCGCCGCAUUUCCUGGCCAAAGUCGACCUGGAGAUGGCCGGCAUGCAGAGCGACGAACCGCACUUCAAAACGGGAUACUCCUUCACCGAGGAGGAGGACGACUACCAUGUCAAAACGCAAGAAGUGCUCACUUUCGCCCAACCAUAUCCAAGACUGAGGCACAGCUGGCGCGGCCACGACAUCCUCCACUUCAUGUUCUCGGACGGCAUCACCAAAUACCACGUGAGCAACGCCACCCUGUAUGUGUACGUAAAGGGCGCCGAGCGUCGGCCCCUCCCCGACGUCCUCAUCGAAGUGUUUAAAGUGUACAAAGCCCCCGAUCAUCCUGACACGCCAGGCCUCUACAGGAUGGUCAGCAAGAAAGUGACCCAACCGUACGGUAGGGGAGACUGGGUCAAACUGGACUUCACCAUCACCGUCUCCGAAUGGUUCAAAAGUCCGCGGGAGAAUCACGGAUUCGUGGUUAAUGGGACGGUUAAUGGGAAAAAAGUCGUGGUCACGGACACGAUGCUAGAUAAUGGGAGUAAGGUGAGGCCAUUAGAGCGAUUUUUUUAUCUAGACACGUGCUCCAUACUCGAAAAAACACAUUAACAAAGUGGCUUAAUGGGGCGAAAUUAAGACAAGGUCUGGUGAUAAAGUUGGCACUAAAUUCGGCUUUUAGGGGGUUUUUAUUGACAGUGAUGAAAUUUAACAGCUGUCAAAUGUUGCAUGGUUACCGAUACUUAUAUAACAAAUGAGAAUCUGAUCGGAAUUUCAUAUCAGUGGUCGCAGUAAUGAGGUUUCUAAACUUAACAAUUGUUUAUCUGAGUUUGUUUACUUAUAUCUUUUUAUUUAUCUUGACGAUAUUUAAGGCUAAUUCUAUUAAUAAGUUAUUAAAAUUACAAGAGAAUUCUACCGGAAUCAACUGUCGCACAUUACAUAACUCUAUGAUAAAAAAUUUGGACACAAAACCACUGAUACAAAUCAUAAUUGUAGAUGAACUUUGACACUAAUUAUUAACAGAAUAUUUUCCUUAUUCUGUAAAAUCUUAUCUAAAUAGUUUCGAGAAAUGUGGCAAGUGGCCAAUUUUCGCGCCAAUUUCCUGAAUUUGAAAGUAAGAAAAGAUUUUAAAAUUACGAAGCAAAUGACGCGUUUCCGAUUCGGUAAUGAAUGAGUAAAAGCACUUAAAAUAAAAAUUGCGUUUUUUGCGUGUGUAGGGGGAUGUUGAAAAAAAUCGGGUUUCCGUUGAAUUUCUAUUCCUGAAUGAAAUUUUAUAAACCAAACAAGAAACGAAAUUAAUUGCAUUUGGACAGUGAUAAAGUACAAACAAGUAAACUGUAGAAAAGACUGUAUAUUUUAUUCUUGGUUUUAUUCAUGGUCAAAUAUAAAAAAAAUGGAGUAAAAAUUACAUGUUCAAAUUUCCCACGCAAAUGAGCGGCCAUUUACAUUUCACUAAAGCGGGAAAUUUAAAUUUGAUAAUUAAUCGUUAGACAUUUUUAUUUUAUAUCAUAAUAUCUCAGCCGAAAUAUGACUUGUAACAUUGGAAAAUUACAAAUUUUUAGUAAGAGAGUGAACUUUGCAUCAUUUCAAAGAAUUUUAAUUUUUUACUAAGAUUAUUAUGAAUAUAAGAAUCAGAGAAACGCAGAGGUUUACAAAAAA